UUGAUAAAAGGGUGAAAAAAAAAAAAAGAAUCUUUAAUGAGUGAACUUUUUCUUUUGGCCCUGUUCAUAAAUCUACCAUAAAGUCAUAAUGUACUUUUUGGGCUCCAGAUUUAUGACAUCCUUUUAGGUGUCCUCCCUGUGCUUGUAUUCUUGAAUUUAUGAAAAAAAAAAAAUAUCUUGAAACAAAAUUCUUGAUAUGCUAAAGCUCAGUCAAGGAGUCCAUGUUGAUGAAAGGAUUACAUAAAAAUUCGAUCUUUGAUACUUCUGUGUAACAAUCUAAUAGCAACUUGAGCCUCUUUAUAGAUUCUUUUACUCCCUGCAUAAUCCAGUUUUUUCUUAGGAGCUAUAUAAGUUCUUUGCAGUUAGUUACAAUUUGAAAUCCAUAUUUGGUUACACAGGUCUUCUAAAUUUGGUUCUGAGUUUCAGCAGUUUGUUUGUCUUUGUCUGUGGAAACUCUAUUUGGUGUUGUCUGAGGAUCUCUUGGUAAUGGAGGAAGAUAUUAUUCUUCCUCCGAGCACGAUUCUCGAUACACCACCCGACGCCUUCAUGGAUGAACUCUUACUCGAAGGCUGUUGGCUCGAAACAAACGAAUCCGAAUUCUCGCAAUUCAAUCCCUCGACCCCAAUCUCCCCUUUCGAGCCCUCAUUCCCUUGGCCCGCCCUUGAAUCCAAUGAAGGCCCGUCUAACAUCGACCAACAAGAAGAAGACAACCAAUAUUCUACAGAUAACACUCCUAAUCUCGAAAAUGGUUUGGUCGAGGCCCGAAAAUAUUGGAUCGGGCCUAGGCCGUCGAUCUCUGUGGUUGACCGGUUGAUCCAAGCCCUCGGCCAUAUAAAGGACCGGUCGAAGGACAAGGACAUGCUAAUACAGGUGUGGGUCCCGAUCACCCGAGAUGGGAAGCGCGUGCUUACCACGCACAACCAACCGUUCUCGCUCGAUCUCAACUGCCCGCCGAGGCUGGCCCACUACAGGGACAUAUCGGUCAAUUUCCAGUUUGUUGCUGACGAGGAGUCUAAGGAGGUUGUGGGGUUGCCCGGGAGGGUUUUUAUGAACAGGGCGCCAGAGUGGACGCCAGAUGUCCGUUUUUUCACGUGUGAUGAGUAUCCGAGAGUCGGGCACGCGCAGAGAUUUGACGUGAGGGGCACGCUUGCUGUGCCGGUAUUGGAAGAGGGAAGCCGGAAUUGUUUGGGUGUGAUCGAGGUUGUGUUGACUGAGCAGAAGAUACAGUAUAGGCCGGAGCUUGAGAGUGUCUGUGAAGCUCUUGAGGCCGUUAAUCUCAAGAGCACUAACGUCACAAAUACGAAGAACCUCAAGACAACAACUGACGAUUUACCUUACCAACCCGCACUGCCCGAAAUCCUAGACCUCCUUAGAUCCGCAUGCGAAAUCCACGGCCUCCCACUUGCCCAAACGUGGGCCCCGUGUUCUUCCAAUUGCUGGUGCUGCCCAGAUGGCGGCUCGAAUAACUGCCUUUCCCCAGUGGAGCUCGCUUGCCACGUGGCGGACCCACGCAUGCUGGGCUUCCACGAGGCGUGUGCCGAGCACCACCUGUUGAGGGGCCAAGGUAUCGUCGGGAAAGCCUUCGGUACAAACCAGCCGUGCUUCUUGCCUGAUGUGUCUGCCUGUAGCAAAACCGAGUACCCUUUGUCUCACCAUGCCCGCAUGUUCGGGCUUCGGGCUGCUGUUGCUAUACGCCUGAGGAGUGUUUUGACGGGUUCUGCCGAUUUUGUCCUUGAAUUCUUCCUGCCAACGGGCUGUGUGGCCCACGAGGACCAGAAGAAGAUGCUGAACUCCAUUUCGAACACCAUUCGAGAAGUUUGCCUGACUCUGCGUGUUGUCACGGAUGAAGAGCUUCAGGUGGAGGAGAAUUAUGCGGGAAAAUCUGUAGAAAAUCUGUCGAAGCUAGGAUUUGGGCUCGUUGAGAAUAAUGCGUCGACAUCUGGCGACAGGAGCUUGUCGUAUGCUAACAGGACGGGUGAGAAGAGACGGGCCAAGGCGGAGAAGACUAUCACGUUGGAGGUGCUCAGGCAGCACUUUGCUGGGAGCUUGAAGGAUGCUGCAAAGAAUCUUGGUGUUUGCCCCACCACCUUGAAGAGGAUAUGCCGACAGCACGGAAUCCAACGCUGGCCAUCCAGAAAAAUCAAGAAAGUGGGCCAUUCCUUACAAAAGAUCCAGCGCGUGAUCGACUCUGUCCAAGGCUCAUCCGGCGUCCUUCAAUUCGGUUCCUUCUACACCAACUUCCCCGAGCUCACAUCCCAAACGGGCCCCAAAACCUCGGCCCACGAGGUGAGGAAGCCCAAUGACGACCCAAAUCUCCCGCCAUUUGCAUCCCAGUCCCCUUCCUCCUCCUGCAGCCAGAACUCGAGCUCCAGCCAGUGCUACUCGAGCGAGGCCCAGCCCAACUCCUACCCACUAACAGCUCCCUGCCCUGAAGGCCCGACAGCCAAAGACGAGCCCUCUCGAGGCCCGACAAACAUUCCAAGGUCACGGAGCCAACCCUCGAUUUGCGGGCCCGAGGAAACGGGCAGUCAAAGGGUGAAAGUCAACUAUGGGGAGGACAUGAUAAGGUUCCGCAUGCGGAGCGGCUGGGGCUACAACGACUUGCUGCGGGAGAUCACGAGACGGUUUGGAGUGGGUGACGGGCCCACUGCAGGCCCAUUUCAUCUCAAGUAUUUGGAUGAUGAUGCUGAGUGGGUCCUGCUGACGUGUGACGAUGAUCUAGAGGAGUGCAUCGACGUGUGCCGCUCGUCCGGGGCCCACAUGAUCCGGCUCUCGUUUGUCCCGGUCAGCCGGGAUGUCGCUCGGGAUUAGAGAUGACUUUUCGUUGUAGAGGACAAGGUUUGUGGAG